UUCAAGAACACCAUUCAUGAUUAAUCAACCAGCUGCCAUGGUUCUUAUAGAUCAGAUGUGGGACGAAGUUGUCGCCGGACCUCAGCCACAGCGCGGCCUUGGCAAGCUCCGGAAGGUCGACACCGUCACCAAUAAAGGAGAAGGAAGCAGUAAAUUCCAUAAGUCUCUAUCGAUGCCGGCGACUCCGACGACGCCAGGAACUCCUACGACUCCGUCACCAACGGCGGCGCGUAAGGAUAAUGUGUGGAGGAGUGUGUUUAACCCCGGUAGUAACCUGGCUACUAAAGGCAUCGGAUCUAAUUACUUUGACAGCCCUAAAUCCGUCGGAUCUCCCACUGUUUACGACUGGCUGUACAGUGGGGAAACAAGGAGCAAGCAUCGUUAAGCUGCUAAAGUGAUCGGUGGGUGACUGUAAAUACCGUACUCUCUUUCAUAGAUCGCCACGUAUCCUGUUUGAAGUGGUUUUUGCUUAUGAUAAAAGCCGUAUAGUAGCUAUCCUGUCUUUACUGUGUACCCUUGUUCUAAUCCGUUAGAUCAAAAAGAAUGAACGGUCGAUGUGAGCUACUACUAUACUAAUAUGUAGUGUUUUAUGUGUAAAUUUUUUGUUUUUUUAUUGUAAUAUUAAUUAAUGUUAUCUUGUGUUGCUUCUUGUUU